AUGUCCCAACACGCGACUAUCAAGGAUGCCUUCGGCCCUGGCAGUUUUGUCGACACCGCUCUCAUCGAUGUUCCGACCGAUUCUCGCAGAAUCCUUGCCGACCUAGUCCGCAUCUCCCCUCAGCUCGGAGUGACGCCUGAGGAGCUGGAUCUGGUCGACUUCGCUGGUGAUGAGUUGUCUUGUAUCCCGGGUAACAUCAAGUCGCAAGCUUAUGCCGCCGCGUUGAAUGCACUGCAAGCCAUUCUCGCCAGGCAAAUCAGUGCUCUUCGAGGAGUCGAUACUGGUGGUAUAAAGAUUGACACUGAUGCCGCUGGAUUGUAUCCUGGCACUGUGGCCCUGGGCUUCGUCGAUGGUCAGACUCUUGACAAGCUUGAUAAUGUCGCCGAGUUCGGCGUGGAUCUUGACCGUGAAUGUAUGACCGAAACGGAUCUCAUGUAUCGAACAUGGUCCAUCUAUCCCACUAAGGACCCCAAUGUCUGGUACCAAGGAAUCGGUAACUUCAACCCAAAGGUGUGGCUCAAGCAACACAGGAUCGAUCCCGCUACUCCUCACAAGGACAGAGAUGAGGCCUAUGAGAUCAUUAGAAAAAUGACGAUUAAGCAUUCCCCUGAGGAGCUCGAAGCCAUCGAUGUCAACAAUGGUUUCUGCGGCCAAAUCGUCCACACCCCCAAGCGCUGGCAAGAAUUGCACUACGCCAAGAGCCUUGCGCGUCACCCGUUGUUCAACGUGGAGCAGGCGCUGGGCUCGCAGGGGCUACCCCCAAUCGAAUUCUCGAAGAUCUCCGGCAAUGACAAGCGCCCAUUGGCAGGUCUCAAGGUACUGGAGCUCGCUCGCAUGAUCGCAGCACCCGAGCUAUGCAGGGUGUUGGGUUCACUGGGUGCCGAUGUCAUCAAAGCUCAGAGCCCGAAUUUGCACGACGUCCAGGGCAUAAGUUUGUCCUUGACGGCUGGCAAGCGCAUCGCCCCGCUAGACUUGAACAAGGCUGAGGAUGCUGCACAUCUGAAGAAGCUCUUCGACGAAGCCGAUGUCAUCGUGUCCGCCUUCCGCUUGAAGUCGCUGGAGCGCCGUGGUUUCGGCCUUCUCGACGCCCUUGAGGCUGCUAAGAAGCGUGGCAAGGGCAUUGUGUACGUCGACUUGAACACAUAUGGCCCAGAUGGAUACUACGCCGAGCGUCCUGGCUUCCAGCAAGUAGCGGAUGCCGCAUCGGGAUGUACCUACGUAUUGGGACGCUCCUUGGGCUACGCACCCGGCACAGGUGUAGCUAUGUUGCCGGUGGCGGACAUGCUAAGCGGCUCUGUCGGCGUCGUCAAUGUGUUGAAAGCUCUGCGGGAUCGUGCUACAAAAGGUGGCUCUUAUCAUUCCGUUGUCUCACUGGUCGCGACCGAUCUCUAUCAAUUGACUGAGGAAUGUGGGUUGUACUCCCAGGAGACGGUAGACAAGAUCCAAGCAAAGUACAAGUUCGGCCACAUGGGUCCAGAGACGAUGGUUGGAGAGCUGUUGGCCGUCGUCGGCAAGGCAUGGGUUCAGAAUGGCCCUCACCUGCUAAAGAAGCCGGGACUUUGGGUCACCUACGAAUCGGCCUGGGGCCAAUCGCACACGAUCCAGGCACCCAUGAUCCAAUUCGAGAAUGAGGGAUCAUCCCCCAAGUACAACCAUGCACCGGUGCCCUUCUGCUCUGGCUCGCCAAGGGAGGAAUGGGCUGUUUCAAUCUAG